AUGGAGAGGUCGUCGAUUUCGACGACGUUAGCAAAGUCACCGAAAACUCCAAGUGGAAUUCCAUUUGCAAUUCGAGAACGCGACGUCAUCAAGGCGAUUCUGGAGUUUUUGGAAAUUCGUGGGUUGCACAUUACACAGCUGUCACUGGAACGAGAAGCCGGAGUGAUUAAUGGUGCCUUCUCAGAUGAUAUAUUGUUUCUGCGACAAUUAAUUCUCGAUGGACAAUGGGACAAUGCACUGGACUUUGUGGAACCACUCAAACCAGUCAAGGAAUUUGAUUUUGGAGCAUUUCGAUACAACAUAACGAAAUACAAAUUCUUUGAACUCCUUUGUGUAAAACUCGAACCUGGACCACUUCAUGAUAACGAUUUUGCAGUGGAGGAGCUAGUAGAAUGCCUUAAGGAUCUGGAACACAUUUGCCCAUCUCCUGAAGACUAUCGUCAUUUAUGUGCCCUUUUGACUCUUCCAAAACUUUCGGAUCAUGAUGAUUUUAAGAAUUGGAAUCCUAGCUCGGCGAGAGUUGAAUGUUUUCAUAAGGUACAUCAACUCUGUGGACAUCUUCUCCCUCCAACUGGAAAAGAGAAAGAUAGAGGAGAAGAGUCGAAUAGUUCAAAUGAUAGGCUGAGUGGAUUAUUGGCGAAGGGAAGAUUUUAUGAAGGUUGUGUGGAUUAUUGUCAGGCACAAGCCAUCGGUGACAAAAGAGGAAUAGAAGCUGGACCGACGCCAUCUGAACUUCUAACGUUUCGUCCGAAACUCGGAUCAACUGAUUUAUCAUUGGUCUGUUGGUUGGAAAUGAUUGGAAAAGAGCAGUUUGCAAUGCCUUUCAAACAGAAACAACUAGAAUUGAAAGUUGAACACAUCAGAAAACCAAAACUGGAAGCUGCAUGGACGGAGACUAUUAUGGCCACCCCUAUCAAACCUGGAGGCCAAUUUCCACACAAUUUAGUGCCAACGUCUAAACUGAAAUUCGCUGAAAAAAUGAGCCAGUCGAUGACAAUGAGCAUGCUUCCUCCUGCCGAUUUGACGACCUCAAUGUUCCCAGCUGUGCCACGUGGCAAUCCAAUGUCACAGUCUACUGCAGCUGGCUUCUGUUUGGGAACGGCGAUUGCUGAAGGAGAUGCAAUGGCGCAAAGUUUGUUAAUUGAUGAAAUGAUGGAGUCAAGUCAAUUGGCAAAAACAUCAAGGCCUGAUACUUUGAGAGGUAUUGGAAUGGUUACGGGAGGUUGUCCCAGUUCAUCAGUGGUCCCAGUUCCCCAGCAGAUCGUUCCGACGUCUACAUCACAAAUCACGAAUCAGAUUAUGAAUAUGUCAAUGGCUCCUCAAGUUCUUGCUCCAGUAGCCCCAAUGGCUCAAAGUAUGAUUAAUUAUGACUUCACACCUGUGAGAAGACAGCUGGACGAAAUAACAAGAAGAUCAGUACCACCAUCCCGUCUUCCAACAGUUCCUGAGCUGGGAUCUCCGUCUGGAAGCACACAACAAGAAGAGAAUCUGAUGACUCAAAGUCGUCUGUUUCAACAGUUUUCUGCUACAAAACAAUUCAGUAGGUUUUGA